GUACUAUGGGUGUGGUAUAGUCAUUCCUCCAUGCCUGCACGGUGCCCAUGUCCUUGAUCUUGGAAGUGGCAGUGGAAGAGACUGCUAUGCUCUGUCCAAGCUUGUUGGAGAGACAGGACAGGUAACAGGUCUGGAUAUGACGGAAGAACAGGUCGCGGUUGCUCGCAAACAUAUUGACUACCAUGCAAAGGUCUUUGGCUAUGCAGAACCCAACACAGAUUUCGUACUUGGCUACAUUGAAAGGCCAAUUGAAGCCGGCAUAAAGGAGAACAACUAUGACCUUGUCAUAUCAAACUGUGUGGUUAACCUUGUCCCAGAUAAACGUGCUGCUCUUGGGGAGAUCUACAAAGUCCUCAAGGACGGAGGAGAAUUUUAUUUCAGCGACUUGUAUGCAAACUGUGAUCUGCCUGACAAUAUCCGCAAGCACGAAGUACUGUGGGGUGAGUGCAUCUCUGGCGCUCUCUAUUGGAAGGAUCUUGGGAAGAUUGCAGAGGAAGUUGGCUUUAGCACACCGAUGCUGAUUUCCUCUCGGGAGAUCAGCAUCAAUAGCAAAAGCUCUAAACUGCGUGAACUUGUCGGAGAUUACAAGUUUGUCUCCGCUGAGUAUCGCCUUUUCAAGUGCUCGACACAAGGAGAUGGAAAGCCUGUCAACGUGGUGUACAAGGGAGAAUUGGAGGGAUUGCCAGAUGAGUUCAUACUGGACAAGAAUAUCUCCUUUAAGAAGGACGAGCCCUUGUGUGUGAGCGGAAAUCUUGCUGUUAUCCUAAAGUGCAGCCGCUAUCGGGAUGAAUUUAAGUAUGAGCCGGCGCCAUGCUGUGCUACCGAGUCCCAGGUCGCGGCAGUGAACCCAUUUGAUGUUGCAGUCAGUGAAGAUGCCAAGGUAUGCGGUGAAGGUGGACCAAGUUGCUGCGCCUAAGGCAUAGUUAUUGUACACUCAUGCUUAUUGUUUUGCUGAAACAUAUUCCACUGUCAUACUAUCAUUUCUUCAGUGACUUAUGUUUGUGUAACAGAUAUGGUAGUAGAAACUGAAUUGUCAAUUGGUUUUCAAUAGUGUCAUCAAAGAAAUCAAUGUACUUGACAUGUAAAUGGAUAUAUCGGAAUAAUUUGAUUUUAACAAAUAUGCAUUUAGUUAUGUAAUCUAACAGCUGAAAUUUAUUCUGUUUGCUAUUCAUUAAAUGAUAUUUUAUUAUAAUGAUUAUAGGCAAAAUGCCAAGUAUGGGGGCAAGUAAACAGCAUAGAGUGGUAUUAUUUGUCAUUCUCAUGGACUUGUCAUUCAUUUGCAGCAUAAUUCUAUACAUUAUGUGCUUCAAUUGACGUAGUAGUUUGAUCAUCAACUUGAUCAAUCGUUAGAUUGAAGAAUUCCUAAGGGUAGUUGUGAUUGUGUAAUUGAGCGUGUGUGCAUGCAUGAGCCCAUUCUUGUGCUUACUAAAUGUAUGCAUACGUGCACAUUAGCAUUUUCUGUUUUUUCUGUGUCGGAUGGAAUUUUGCAUCAGAUGUGUUACACUAUACAAUCAAGGCCGUACGCAAGAAAUUUUCUGUAGGUGGGCAAAUACGCAGGAAAUUUUCUGUAGGGGGGGCAAAGGUACUCUCCACGCCCUCUAUUGCCCUAUUUGUCCCA